AUGGUACUUGAGACGAUCGAGAUGCCUUGGCAGUCCGAGUUUGACAACGACGAUUACGACAAGGAAAAUAUGGAGCCGGAAGAGCCGAAGCAACUAGCCAAGGAAAACGAGGAGCUGAGGAGACGGCUCUGCAAAUAUGAAAAGCUACAUGGCGAUAUUGACGAGGAGAUUUACUAUGAAAGCAACCCUGAAGAGAGCCAGUACCUCGACCAAAUCCGCCGCAUCAUUGCAUCGCGAGGACUACGCACCGAUCGAACGGGGACCGGCACAAUAUCGUUGUUUGGAAUGCAGAGCCGUUAUAGUCUGCGGGAUGGCCGGAUUCCGUUGCUGACUACAAAAAGGGUAUUCUGGCGGGGCAUUGCGGAGGAAUUGCUGUGGUUCGUCUCUGGAUGCACGGAUGCCAACGUGCUGAAGGCCAAGGUGAUCUGGGCCCUGUUUAUGGAUUCCAGUGGCGUCACUUUGGAGCUGAGUAUCAAGAUUGUCGAACGGAUUAUUCCGGCAGGAGAUUUUGUCCAUACGCUGGGCGAUGCUCACGUUUACUCGAAUCACGUCGAAGCUCUACAGGAACAGCUGCGCCGCGUACCAACGGCUUUCCCGCGCAUCUCUUUCGCCGAGGGCAUCAAGUCUAUUGACGAUUUUACCAUGGAAAAGAUCCAUCUACACAACUACAACCCACAGGGUACAAUUGCCAUGAAGAUGGCGGUU